AUGGCGCCUCCACAUUGCAGCAAAGGCACGACUCCAUCCUUGACUCGUGCAACAGCGCGCUUGGACAAACGCCGCCGGACAACCCAUCGGGAUGAUCAGAAAAUUCGGCGACAAAAACACGCGAGGGCGUGUUAUAGAGAAUCGUCGUCAUACGAACGCUUUGUGCAUCGAAUGUUACUUCAGGUGGAUUCUCACUGCCGCGAAUCGUCGGAGCUUCCUACUGAGGAGAGUCUUGCCUCUAGUGAUCUCUAUGGAGUCUAUGAGGACACGCUGGAAGAGAGUGGUGAACUGUUUGGCCUCGAUGAACGGUUUACCUCGAUAAACGUGGGUGUCGAACAUACCAAGACGUUGGAAGGCGAGCAUGUGCAGAGCUACACGAUUCAUGAUACCAAGGCUAGGACCAUCUGUAUUCAAAGCAAUACAUUAGGCUUCCUGGAGCCUAUUAUCGUCACGCGUAGCAAGAUUUUGGCACAAAGGGCAACCACUAUCGCCAGUGAUGAUCCAAGCCUAUUGAACUCGUUUAUAAUCGAUUCGAGUCGAACGAAUAAAUACCUGGGGCGUUCUCUUACGUUACCUUUGUAUUUGUUCACGGGCUGGGGCGAGAAGUAUCGGUUGGUCCUCUCCGUCAAUGAUCUAAAACGAUCUAUACACAAUCUUCCUGACGCACACACCUUGCAAGCAAUUGCUGCAGACGAGACUUUCUGGGACGAUCUAGGUCUCCUUAGCGCUGCGUUAGAGCCUAUCGAAAAGGCCAUUCGUCGGGUCGAGCUGAAUGAGCGUGGGCUUCGGCACACUAUUAGUGAGUGGGAAGCAAUAUACAAUGCUCUGACUAGCCUAAGCAAAGCUAGAGCCGAAGACGUCGACCUUGUCGACCUUCCAGACAUUGUGAAAAGGGUAUGCCGAGACCGAUUCCGCGUAUCACCAGCAACUAUCGCGGCAUACAUGCUAGAUCCGGCAAACAUCACAACAGUAGUGCCACUAAUGGCUGGUGACACCCCGCUGCGGAGCCUUGUCUUGAUAUCAGAGCAGACUUCCCAGAAUGCUAAUGUUGUGUUGAAGGAAUUCGAGUCCCUUCGAAGCUGUCGUUAUUCAAACACUAAGACCAAGCCGAUUUGGGACCAUGAAGGGGAUCCACUAUCAUUCUACAACAACAUCUCUGGAGCAUACCCAGCUCUUGCAAAGGUUGCAAAAAGACUCUUUGCUACGCCUUGCACUUCGAUGCCAGCAGAGCGCUCCAUCUCAAUGACAAACUCUUUGGUAAAUGCAGCCCGAAAUGGUCUAGACUUCCACAAACGUGAUGUACAGCAGUCCGUCUUCAACAACGAUCGAAUGUUGCGUGGCGCGAAGCUCUGGGGGAGAGCCAACGACGAUGUAGAGGUUAAUAAGGAGCAGCGGCUACUUGAGGACGACGUAAUUACGGCAGUGUGUUACUUGAAGAACACUUCUGGUCGCUGA